UCGUUCCUUGUUCUCCUUCUCCCAGCCCUUCUCCUUUUCUUUCCUUUUCUUCCCUCUUCGUCCUGUCGGCGUGCUCCAAGUCUCCGAUCCCUGCUCUCACCGGUCGCAGCUUCUUCCUCGAGGUCGCUCGGCAUCCGUCGUCUUCGUCUGCUCAGCUGCGCUUCCGCCACCGUCCGUCGCGCUCAGGAGCUUCGGUCCUUGUCUGGUGCUCAUGCUUCAAGUCUUCGACCCCUCUCCACCAUUGCCGUCGUUGAGUCGUCCGUCGUGCUUGUCCCUUGAAGGAAAUCGUUUGAGAUAUAUAAGAAUUAAGAAGAAGGACUAUCCUAACGGGCUUGUUCUUCGUAUUUUUUAUGCUCUCUGGUCUGACUCGCUGUGGCUCUUCUCCUCCCCUUUGCCACCCGUUUAGUUGAACCGGUUGGACCAGUGAACCAGUGACUAGAGUUUGAUGACUGGUCCAGUUUUCAGAACCUUGAUUGCAACAGAAGAAUCACUAGAUUUUGAACUCCCUUUUCCCACGCCAAGUCCAGACUGAUGAGGUCUGCCGUCAGUGCGUCACAAAUACCAACCUUUUUGGCAAAACCAGUAACCCAUCUUCCAUCAGAAUCUCUAAGAACUGCUGGUCAUGGACAACCCUUCGCAGCGCCGUCGGCGUUGAGCUUAUGCAACUUUACGGGUGGCGGGCUUCAAGCUAUAAGACCCAGAGCCAUGGCGGUGUCCACUCCCAAUGCGCCUCCCCACCUGAACCUCUUUGCCGACGUGGCCAACAAAGUUGCUGAUGCUGCCGGAGAGGUCAUCCGUCAGUAUUUCAGGAGUAAAUUCGACAUUAUUCAGAAAGACGACCUCAGUCCAGUAACAAAUGCAGAUCAAUCCGCCGAGGAGGCCAUGGUUUCCAUCAUAUUAGACAAUUUCCCUUCUCAUGCCAUUUAUGGAGAGGAAAAGGGGUGGAGAUGUAAACAAGACACUGCUGACUAUGUCUGGGUCCUGGAUCCUAUUGAUGGCACAAAGAGCUUCAUCACUGGAAAACCCCUUUUUGGAACUCUGAUUGCUCUUCUGCACAACAGUACACCAAUCCUUGGCAUCAUUGAUCAACCUGUCUUGGGAGAAAGAUGGGUCGGGAUGACCGGAGAGACGACUACACUCAACAGAAAACAUGUAUCCACACGUGCUUGCUCCAACCUCUCUCAAGCAUACCUGUAUACCACAAGCCCUCAUCUCUUCAAUGGAGAUGCAGAGGAUGCAUUCAUCCGUGUUAGGGACAAGGUUAAGAUUCCGUUAUAUGGUUGUGACUGCUAUGCAUAUGCUCUUUUGUCUUCUGGCUUUGUGGAUCUUGUUGUUGAGUCGGGUCUCAAGCCAUACGAUUUUCUUGCAUUGAUACCUGUUAUUGAAGGAGCUGGAGGUGUCAUAACUGAUUGGAAAGGACAAAAACUUCAUUGGGAAGCUUCUCCGCUUUCAAUUGCAACUAGUUUUAAUGUUGUGGCGGCUGGUGACAAACACAUCCAUCAACAGACAAUAGAUUCAUUGCAGUGGAAGUGACAACGGGGAUUCUUCAGAAUUCAGUUGUUGUGAUAUCGGUUUCGACCAUUAUUUAGUUCAAAAGCACUUACUCUAAUAUCUCUUGCCCAAGUUAGCAUUCCUAUAUUGAUUGGAUGAGCUACAAAUGAUUCUUUUUCCAACACCUUUAAAAUGUGUUUUUCCCAAGUUUAAAUAUCGCAUGAUAAUCCGAACAGUGAAGUAUGUUAGCAGGCUCCAUAUAAUUACAUA